GUAGGUACAAACCCUAAACCCCACGACUCGGCUAUUAUCUCCGUUCCCAAACACCCGCCGCCGCCCCCGCCGCCACUGAUGGAGUCCGCGGCCGCCAACCGCGUUCGCCGCGAGGACGUGGCCCGCGCGGUGGCGGCGCUCCUCCGGUGGCUCCAGCAUCACCCCACCCCUGCGCCGGAGCCCAUCUACCUGCUCGUCACCCUCAAGCGCGCGCCCGUCCGCCGCUUCGAGCACACCCUCCGCCUCCCGCGCUCGCCGUUCCCGUCCAUCUCCCUCGUCUCCGACCGCCUCCCGGCGGAGCUGCCCGACGACAUCGACCCGCUCCCCGCGUCCGCGCUCGGGUCGCUCCCCGCCGCCGCGCGCCGCGGCCUGGUGCUCGUGGACCGCCGCCUCAGGUUCCCGAGCGCAGGCAAGGCUGCGGCCAAGGGCCGGGUCGUGCCCGUCGACCUCGCCGACCCGGCGUGGGCGGAGUCCGCGAGGGAGGCGGCGCUCCGCGUGGAGCUGCGGGUGGAGGGAGGCACGUGCCGCGCCGUGCGGGUGGGCCACGCGGCGAUGGCGCAGGAGGAGGCGGUGGAGAACUUGGUGGCCGCCGUGGAGGCGGCCGCGGCGUGCGUGCCGAGGAAGUGGAGGAACGUGCGGGCGCUGCACGUCAAGGCGCCCGAGUCGAUCGCGCUGCCGCUGUACUCCUCAAUCGGCACCGGCGACGACGGCAAGGCGGAAGAAGCGAAGCGGAAGGGCGUGGCGGUGGAGGAGCAGGGGAUUGUGAAGAAGAGUAAGAAGAUUAGCAGUGCAGGGCGGUGAUUGGUUUAGUUGUAAUACUUGAAUGAUUAAUUUCUCGUGCAGUUCGGUGCCUAAUCGAUCGCCACGAGCAAAACGAUUCUGUUCUUUUUUUUUUCUUGUCUUGCAGUUGUACAACCAUACUUUUUUAACUUAAUGCAAAACUAUAGUGUUUAUUCAUGUUUAAGUUGAAUUAUCCUGAAAGAAUCGGCGUUCCAUUCCUGGCAAAAAGCAGCUAUC